UACUAUUGUGAUCUAUUUUUUUUUUAAGAAGAAGAGGUUGUUACAUCUGAUACCGAAGUAAAAAACAUCGAGAUGAGUUUAUAUAAAAGUGCACAAUUUUCAAUAAAUUUAAAUCAGAAAAGAUGGCAUAUAAUAUCAGCAUACUCAACAGCGGUAACUAAGAAAGCACAGGCACAAGCACAACGAAAUGUGACCGAUGUGGGAAAAUCUUUGGCUUGCAAAGGGUUCCUACGGUCACACAAGCCAUAUCAUCCACCUCAAAAUGUUCCGGACAAAUUACGGUCAAUAUGUAACAAUCUAAAAAUAUCCUUCGCAAGCGAUUAUAAAUUAGAAAAUUUAGAAGAAAAAUUUAAAGUUUUAGAUGCUUGUUUUCAAGAUUUUCAACAUAGCGUUCCAAAUUCACAGGUUCAUGAAUUGCAAAGUAUAGGUGAUGUAGUCAAAUUUUACGAGACCUCUGUGAACACCACUGUACCUUAUGAUGCUCUAAAGAAUGCCAAACUUCCAGAAAAUUUACAUAUACAACAUGAUUACGUACGUUUUAAUCCUGACACCGAUUCAAAGUUUAAUGGUCAGACCGCAUUCCCAAAGAGUUCGACUCUUGUAACGGGUUUAAAGUAUCGAGGCAAAUAUGAAGGUUAUAAUGCAAAACGCUCUUGGCCAUAAGUUGGUUAUUUUAAUUUUGCAAAGUUGUUAUAAUAUGAUUGAAUUGGUUAAAUAUAAUAAACUUAUAUUAUGCUAAUA